AUGAAAGCAGAGGUCCGUCCGUCCGACGCUGCCGAGGAAUGCACGCCUAGUCCAGCCGCCACAAUGUCCCUGCCCAGGCUGCUCCGCGGGGGAGGAGGGGCCCUGGUCGCCGGCCUGCGAGGUUGCGGGACGCGGUCCGCGGACACUCCGCGCUCCGGACGCCUACGCGUGCUGGUCGACAUGGACGGCGUGCUGGCCGACUUUGAAGGUGGCUUCUUGAAAAAGUACAGGACGCGAUACCCCCAGGAGCCGUCCAUCGAGCUGGAGGAGCGCCGAGGAUUCUGGGUGUCUGAGCAGUACGAAAGGUUGAAGCUGGGACUCGGCGAGAAAUCGAUUAGCAUUUGGGAAUCAAAGAACUUCUUCUUAGAAUUGGAUCCUAUAGAUGGCGCUGUGGAGGCCGUGAAGGAAAUGUCCAACUUACCCAA